CUGCGAUCCUCCACAACCACGCAUCCUCACCCCAGAGACCGAUUACAGCUCGUCGCAAUGUCUAUCUAUCCAAGGACUGUUGUUCCUGGCUUUACAUGAAAGCUACUACUAUUUCACCCUAAUCACGCUACGGCAAGUCCACUUGCCCCAGCUCUCGCUCGCUUCGCACCCAACACACCGACUGUUGUUCUUGACCAAAGCUCCUCCACGCGGCAUGAACUGAAGUGACUUUCCAUACUGUUGUGGAGAAAGCGUCACAGCCAGGACGACGUCGACAACCCUUCUGCCAGUCCCCUAAGUCCUAUUUCAAGUAAGCCUCUUUGAGCAGAGCCAAAAACCUUACGCCUCAUUCGGGAAUCGACGCAUUGGCGCGUUGAAGCUUCUGGCUUGACUGAUCGUCCCAUCCUUGCCCUGUCUCAGGAUAAUGGGUUGUUACACUCGACGAGUCGGCUAUCCUUACUCGAUGGUCAGGAGAGUCACCGCACCACUGGCACUUGAACCCCCUCAAUGCCAACGUUUAAGGACAAGUUCCUGUCGCCUGAUAAGAACAAAUACGAGCCAUACAUCGGUCCAUGGGAAGUCUUUAGGCCCUUUUGAGCGUGGAGUUAGCCGAGGAUAUUGGUCCCCAAACCAUCGUCAAGCCUGAGCUUCCUGCAUCACAACCCCAGCCCAAUAUCUAGGUUCCCAAUCACCUUCUCAGAUAUGCGGAAUCCAUUGCUGACCCCAGAUUCCUCAAUCCCAUCUGGUCCGCAGAGUGGGUAUUUGAGGGGAAGCGGGGAUUUGCAGAGCGUGACCAGCACCAAAUCAAACGACUCCCCCUUUCGCGGUUCCGCUUCGACCAUUGAGGAGGGAUGGGCCCAAGUACUAGGAUGUGGUCUCUGCAUGCUUACAGCAUGCGAGCAAAGGAGGAGAAGCUGCUACAUCCAUUUCACCGGGUCUCAAGCGCCUUGGGACGGCGGGGCUUUGCAUAUAUAAGGAUCGCAACAACAUUCGAGCACUGAAUCUACCUGGUUGCCGUCACCCCAGUUCAUCUGCCUAUCCGUUCCCACCUAUCUACAGUCAUACGUAAUCAAAAUGGGAGACCCAUCCGAGCCCAAGGAACUGCCUGAACGCAUCUUGAAGAGAGAUCUCUAUGAAUUCGGCCGGCGACGCAGAACCGACGGGCCCUAUUCGGACAACCUUGACGUCGAUGUAUUGAUCAUUGGUGCAGGUUUCGGGGGUACGUAUCUCCUGUAUGAGAUGCGUAAGGCAGGCUUCAAGACCGUUCUGUAUGAAGCAGGUACCUCGUUUGGAGGUACGUGGAGAUGGAACGUUUACCCAGGUGCCCGGGUCGAUUCCGAGGUUCCCAUCUACCAACUAGCCAUCCCAGAGGUAUACAAGACCUGGACCUGGACGACCAACUACCCAGAUUGGAAUGAGCUUCAAGCGUAUUUUGACCACGUGGACAAGGUCUGCGAACUGAGCAAAGACUGCGCCUUCGAAAGUGUUGUCACGAAUGCAGAGUUUGACACAGACUCUGGGAAAUGGAGCAUCAAGACUGCCGAUGGCCGCAACGCCAAAUGCAGAUUCUUGAUCAUUGCCGCCGGGUUCGCAGCCAAGAGAUAUAUUCCCGACUAUCCCAGCAUGGAAAAAUUUAAGGGGAUUAUGCACCACUCCUCAUUCUGGCCCCCUGAAGGCGUUGACGCUCGCGGCAAGAAAGUUGCUGUUAUCGGCACCGGUGCUUCUGGAGUUCAGAUUAUCCAAGAAUGGGGACCUCAAGUCGAAAAAUUGACCGUCUUCCAGAGGACACCUAACCUGGCAUUGCCCAUGGGCAAACGCGACAUGACUAAAGAGGAGCAAGAAGCUUUAUAUCCGGCUUACGACGACCUCCUUCGCAUGCGCGAGAAGAACUUUGCAGGUUUUACGUACGAGUUUGAGGAGCGCAACACCUUCGAAGACAGCCCCGAAGAGCGUGAGGCCGUCUAUGAAAAAAUGUGGAAGAGGGCAGGCUUCGGUCUGUGGCUAGGCUCCCACAAGGACUACCUCUUUGACUUGAAGGCGAACCGCUGCGUCUACGACUUCUGGCGUAAGAAGCAGGAGACCCGCAUCAAGAACCCUGAGAAACGCGCUCUCCUCUGCCCCGUGGAACCCCCACACCCAUUCGGCGUCAAGCGACCUUGCCUCGAACAAAAUUACUACGAAGUUCUGGACAGUGACAAUGUGAACAUUGUCGACAUCUCCGAAAAGUCCGGCAACAAGAUUCAGGAGUUUACGGAGACGGGUAUCAAGACCAGCGACGGCAAAGUCCAUGAAUUUGACAUCAUUGCCCUCGCGACGGGCUUUGAUAUUACCACGGGAGGAAUGACAAAUAUGGGAUUGAAGUCGAUCAACGGCACCACGUUGCAUGACGAAUGGAAGGAAGCAGCCUACACUUAUCUGGGAACAACCAUCUCUGGAUACCCGAAUAUGUUCCAUCUCUACGGUCCCCACGGCCCGACCCUCCUCUCCAACGGGCCCUCCGCCGUCGAAGUCCAAGGUCGCUGGAUCCGCGACGCCAUCAAAGACAUUGACCGCCAGGGUCUGAAAUACAUCAACGCCACUCAAGAAGCGAGCCAGAAGUGGAAGGACCACAUUAACGAGCUGAGUGACAGGACAUUGCUGCCAACCACGAGGAGUACAUACAUGGGUGGGAGUGUUCCAGGCAAGGCGUUCGAGCAGGUCAACUAUGCGGGCGGCAUCCCGGAGUACGUCAAGGAGAUCCGGGCUGUGCUGCCCCAUUUCUCGGGCUUCCAUGUCGUCAAAGCUUAGGCCAUGGAGUGGAAUGGGCCCGGGGUGAACAUGCACGCCCUUUUGGUCGGCCUCGUCUGACACAAGAAAGGGCCUCGCAUAGACCUUUAGAGGGGGUGGCGGGUUGAUGAAAGAGAAACGGCCAGCCUCUGGAGUAUUUGACGGUGUGAAAUCCCGGUGUCAGAAGAGGAUCCCGAUCCCCAAGGGCGUGGUUGCAAGUGAGCUUUUUAUAGGUGAGAGGAGAUCGUAUUUCGAACCCCAGUCAAUCGAUCAGUCAGUCCGUCAGUCGCUACUGCUCAGUCAGUUAGUCAGUUAGUGAACCAGACAUCGAGCCAGUCAACCAGACAAUUGGCCAGUAGUCCGAGGAAAUUGUUUGAGGAUAGGGUUGGACAGGAUCCCAACGUCACUGGAAGGAGAUAUUGAUAUUGGCAUUGCUAUUGAGGUGAUUGCAGUUGAACAAUAACACAGACUGUACCAUCC